AAGCUUGGAGAUGUCCAAAACUAUGCUGCAAAAGCAAGUUGUCCCACUAAAAUGGAAGAUAACCAGCAACUGGGGGUUCACACAUUCCGGCUUUGGCUUUUGCUUUUGCGUUUUGCUCUAUAAAAUCAAAUAUAUAACUUGCUAAACCUUGUUUCCCUCUCAAUUUAAUCAAGGUUCAAACAAGCACCCCAAAAGAUGCUCCCUUCUUUAUCUUCUUUUUUAUACGCCUGCAAGUCUUUUUCCUUUUAAGCAGCUCCCAAGCCAGUAAACGCCUGUUUCUGUUGUCCCUAUUCAAUGUUUAGUAUUUUUUUCUUCUUCUUUUUUCAAAUAUUAGCAUCCGUCAAUCAUUAGGCCUUGUUUUAACUUCUGGUGAUUUCUAAGCUACACAGGACGUGGGAAGAAAAGAAGAAGCUUUUACAGAGACGAGUUCCAGUAUUGUUGAAGAUUCAGCUGAGCUGUAACGAUUCCAUUAUUUUUUUCUGGGUAGUAGCAGAAAUGUAUCAUCAAACGGAUCAAGGUUUGCUCAGUCCGUCCAACUUUGUCCACGGAUUUGAUGCCUCCGGCUGCUGCAAUGCCUAUGUUCGAGAACCAUCCAAUUAUGAUGAGAUUUCUAUGCAGCACAGCUUGUUGUUCUCUGAUAGUCUUAAGGAUUUGAAAAAUCUGAGAUCACAGCUCUACUCAGCUGCUGAGUAUUUUGAAAUGUACUACACCAAGGAUGACCAAAAGCAGAUAGUGGUAGAAACAUUGAAAGAUUAUACCAUCAAAGCUCUUGUGAAUACUAUAGACCAUUUGGGUUCCGUGACGUACAAGGUUAAUGAUCUUUUGGAUGAAAAAGUUGAAGAGGUUUUGGGAACUGAGAUUCGAGUAUCUUGUAUCGAACAGAGACUGCGGACAUGCCAAGAGUAUAUCGAUCACGAAGGGAUUUCCCAGCAGUCACUGGUGAUUAAUACGCCGAAGUACCAUAAACGAUACAUCUUGCCAGUUGGGGAGACCAUGCAUGGUGCAAACCGUACAAAGUUGAAAUACCUCGGAUGUAGCCUAGAUGACAAAGAUGACUGGGAUCAGUUCAGGAAUGCUGUCCGAGCUACAAUUCGAGAAACACCUACAUCUUCAGUCCGGCAAACCCCGACACCUUCAGUCAGAAAAGGCCGUUCUCCAUCACCAUCUCCACGGCCUCCACAGCGAUCUUCAACCUUUUCCUUUACUGCCACGACACCGAAGAAAGAAUUAGAGAAAAGAACGAUAUCACCGCACCGGUUCCCACUUCUACGUUCAGGAUCCAUGAGCAGGCCUACAACGCCAAAUAAGAGCCGCCCAACUACCCCAAAUUCAGCCGGGGCAAGACGGCGGUACCCAUCGGAGCCCCGGAAAUCAGCUUCGAUGCGACUUCAAACUGAGAAAGACAUUGAGCAAGUCCCGAGCAAAAGCAAAAGACUGCUGAAAGCAUUGCUGAGUCGUAAAUCAAAGAAAGAUGAGACCGUAUAUACUUAUUUAGAUGAAUACUGAGAAAAAAACUACACGGAUGAAUACUGAAAAAUGCAUUCUUAUAUUUUCAAAAUCUUAUAAAGAUAUUCCACAGUGUAUUAGUUUUACCAUCAUAUGUAUAAAAUGUUUCUUUCUCCUGAAGUGUUAUUUCACAGUUGGCCUGCAAAAUGCAGUGAUGUAUGUGAUUUGUUGAGAUUGGUUGAGCGUCUUUUUUAAGCUUGUAUGAA